AUGCUGUCUCGCGUGAUACACGACCUGUACUACCUGAAGCGCAUCCACAGCGUCGUGCUCGACGAGAAACUUGGCCACGCGCUCAAGGCAAAGCUGUGUGCGCUGGAUCUCCGCGCCGGCCCCUCACCGGGCCCCGCCGCGCUUCGUCGGCUGCUGGAGUGCCUCGUGUAUUUUCAGCUCGAGCAGAGCGCCGUCACCAUGAAUGCCGUCUCACUUGUGCGGGAGGAACUACCGAACAUGUCAGGCGGCCAGCUCUCCCGCACCAUCGCGGCGUGUUGCACACUCGGCCAAAACGACAUCUCCUUGUCUGCUGUGCCGCUGCUGGCGGAGGCGCUUCCGAGCAUGGAUAGCACAGGGACCGUGUUGCUUAUCCAGUCCAUCGCCGAUGCAGGCGUGCGGCACGAGGAUACAUGGGCACUCCUAGCAGAGCAUUGCAUUAGACGAAUGGACACUUUCACGGGGCGACAGCUUUACCGUGUCAUUGAAUGCUUCUACGAGCGUCGGGUGAAUUAUCCUGACUUUUACGUCGUGGCGGAGCGCCACAUCUGCGCGCAGCCGUCAUCGUACAUAUCGAUGGUACAUCUGAGCGGUGUGAUCGAGUGCUACAGAGGCCUUGGGCUGCCUGUUAUGUCGCUUCUAGCCGCCAGCUCCGCACGCUCGGCAGAGGGAUUUGACAGCGGACUUGCUGCAGUUGCACCCACAAGGACGCGAAGGCCGAACCGCGGUUGCGGCAUGAAUUCGGUAACAUCAGAGACCAUGACAGUGGCGGCAUUGGAGAGCACGUCGAACCCUGCGGUAUUUUCCACCUUUCUGCAGUCGACACUCAAAGCCAUGAAGACAGCCGACGAGACGCAGCUGUCGGACAUGCUGCAUAAGUGCGAGGCGAAGCAGGUUAUGCAUGCCGAGAUUAUGGAGGCGGCGGCGGUACGGCUUCAGGAACUCCACAAGGAGUCNCCCAACGUUGCCCGUACAACAGCCAUCAUGCGCCUUAUGAUGCGGUUGGAGAAACGGGAGUGGUUCCUCAGCGCGUCCCGCCCACUCGCACAGCUGCUGGACGAGUGCGGCGAGAGCGGCAUUGCUGUUCACGGCCACCGUAUGCUCACUCUGGCUGACGGCGCAAUGAAGUUGUUCCCACCGGACGUGCAGCCGACGCGUUUCUACGCCGCACUGGUCCAUGACAUCAAGUUCGAUGACAUAGCCGCCAGCAUGGAUGCCAGGCGUUUGCCGCUGCUUGCAGGUGUUAUGAUUUCUCUGCGCGCAUACGGCGGCCCUGCGCUGCUCGAGCAGCACAUGCCACUCAUCUCCGUCGCCGCGGCGAACGCACCGCUUCGCGUGCAGGUGGAGCUUGCCGCGAUGCUGGCACCACUGCCGGCCGCGCGUAAGACAUUCCUGCCCGACCUCUUUGCAUCACUGUCGUCCCAGAAAAACUGGGUGCGUGCCCUCACCGCGCGCGAGGCCCUUCUCCUCCUUGAGGGUCUGGCACGCAGUCGUUUGCCCUUCAAUGAUCUGCUGCUGGUAGUGGUGGAGUAUACGAGGAAGAAUCUCGGUCGCUUCGACGCCCCAGAGCUGGUUAAUAUUCUCAUGCACUGCGCGGUGUUGGGCUUCAACGACAUUGAGUUCUACUCUAUUACAGCCACACAUGUACUGGAGAAGUCAUCGAAUAGCACUGUACAUGACCUAUGCAUGCUCAUGUACGUUUUCACAUUUGUACUCAAAGGAGUCAUUCGUGUGGUGCAGCAGAUGCUACCACGCCUGCGGGUGUCAGCGAGUCACGCAAGCCCGCGAGACAUCACAUUGGUGCUGUACAGCACUGUAAAGUUAGGCAUCAGUCGUCACACUGAGGUUACAACGCCGUUCUGCGAUCGCGCUGUCAACAUACUCCCCACCUUCAAGGGUGAGGAGCUGGCCAGCUGCAUGAGCUCUCUGCGCGUGCUUCGCCUGGAACACGAGGGCUUGCUCACCGCCGCGGCGCAUGUGCUCGGGACGGAGUUGACACGCCCAAAGGGAGCGGAGACCACAUCGGAGGACAGCAAGAACAACAACAACAACAACAACAGAAGCAGCGCCACUAAGAGAACUGGGGCUAAUGAUAAUGAUGAUAAUUCCAUCACACUCACAGAAACACAGAUCAUUUCUAUCGCAAGCGCCAUAGUGCAGCUGCGGCGGCCCCUGCUACAGUCAGAGUGGCAGGCCCCACUGCAACGUAUCUGCCUCGGCUACCUGGAGACAGCGGGGGGAAGCCAGACACACCUCAUCGCUGUGACGUUGGCGGCCCUCGACGCAGCGCCGUGCACAGCAGAACAACGCGAACGCCUCCUCACGCACGCCAACGCUGUCUGUGAGAGUUUCAACAGUGGUGUUGUUGCAGCAGAGGUGCUGCUUGCGUUGCACGACCUUAUUACGCGCGAGGGAACCGAUGAUGGUAGGGAGACGCUCGCUGCCUCACCGCUGCUCGCCUAUGCGCAGGCGAACAUGGCCAGCAUCAUGGCCGCCACAGAGGUGCGUGACAGGCUUCGUGGCAAAGGGCUACUUGGCCUCCUCGCAGGUGUCGGCGCCUCGUUCGCGGCUGACGAGGCUGACCGCGUCUCGCUGCGUGAGGUGCCGUUGCGUGAGUCGCUGCUGUUGCACCACAAGACCAUGCGUCGGGCGAAGGCGCCUGGAGCGGGGCGGUUCAACAAGAGUCGUGCUCUGAAGCCUACUUCGGCCUCUACCACCACAAAGAUGAAGAUGAUAAAGGGGAAGACCAAGUCGGGGAGUGGUACGCGCAGUCCCCGUACGACGUCUGGGAAGCGUGGUGUGGCUGCUCCUGCGUCAGCGGCGGCGGUGGCGGGGGAGGAGGAAGGAGUGGAGGAUCCAGUGGCCACAACCACACGGGUGAAGAAAGCCCGCAGAGGGCUUGGUGUGGAGUCGCAAGGCGAUGUGGCGGAGUUCCGCAUUUAG